AUGGAUCUCAGCACGACGCCUAGAAGGAUCUUCAGCAUCCGCAGUCUUGUUGAUGUCGAGGAAACGGAGCUUCCCACGCAGGAUGAUGAGCGUCCGCAAAAUCAUUCGUCGCGAGGAGGCAGCGAGCAGGCCGUCCCGCAGACGAGUCCUGCAAGCAGCACGAGCAAUUCGAGCCAGGUGACUCAGGUGAACCAGCAGGUGAGCCAGCAGUCUCACCCGCAGUCUCACCAGCAAUCAGUGCUGGCGUCAACGACGACGACGACAACAUCUCAGUCCACUCAAAUGGGUAUCUCUACCGAGGAGGUAAGGCCCGAGGAAGAGGGCACCCACCCGAGAGCGGCACCGACCAGCCCCGAAAGCGAAGCGGAGGCCGACGACUUUGCGCCCAAGAGAAAGCAACGUCGUUACAGAACGACUUUUACUAGCUUUCAGUUGGAAGAGCUUGAAAAGGCCUUCUCUAGGACGCAUUAUCCAGAUGUGUUUACGAGGGAGGAGCUCGCCAUGAAGAUCGGGCUGACGGAGGCACGGAUACAGGUCUGGUUCCAGAACCGGCGGGCCAAGUGGCGUAAACAGGAGAAGGUCGGGCCCCAGGCACAUCCGUACACUCCGUACCCACCACCGUCGGCGGUCGUGGCGCCGACCUUGCCGAACCCCUUCGCCCACCUGGUCAACUUCCCGCACAGGAAGCCCUUCGAUGCCUUUCGCUAUCCGCCGUUGGGUCAUGGCCCGGUCCUCCCCGGUAGUUACGCCGCUCAUCCCUAUCAUCGGGCCCGGCCCCCCCCACCGCUGCUGCCGCCUGGCAUGCCCCUGCCGUACUCGUCUCCCUUUCAGAAUUUGCUGGCGAACAUAUCUGCAGCGCGGCCAAAGUUGGUGCGUGGUUCGCCACCCCCGCCCCCGCCACCUGCCUCCGCGAUAACUCUGUCGCAUCCCCCAGUGGCACCCCCACCCCCACCACCACCAACAGCCACUUCGCCACAGAGUUCACCUACGGGUAGCGUGGGUUUACCGGAUAUCGACAGGAGGACCAACAGCAUCGCCUCGUUAAGACUUAAAGCCCGCGAGUAUGAGAUGCAUCUGGAGAUGUUACGUAAGAACGGCGAUCUCAUAAGUUGAAACGUUGCCGAUCGAGUGUGGCAGACAACGAGCGCGAGUCUGUCUUGAAUCAGUUCGGUAGGGUCAUGGAUCGAUAAAUUAGACAGACAUUCUUUCACACGGAGAAUGUCGGCAAGUUGAGUCAAGUGAAUGAACUCGUGAAAUUCUUAAACAUUUAAAUCAUUGUUUGUCCAACGUGACGUAAGAUCUUAAAAUCUCAAAUAUCAAAAUAUUUUGUCGAAUAUUACAAUAUACAGCGAUUGUGAUAUUUAACUAUUUAUGGCGAUUUUAGAUUGUGUAACGUCGUGUAAUUGAUCAGACUAUGAUUCGAGUGUUGUUGAUCGAUCCAUUGAUAACCACCGUGACGAACUUAGGAAAAUGUGUGAUCGAGUUUCGUGGCAAACUAUAUGUAGUAAAUGCUAGCACGUUUGUUGAGCAGAUUCUGUAUCGGAAAGAUGGAAUGUGAAAGGGAUGUGAUAAGUUCCGUUUUCCAUCAAAUAGUCUAUCAUCAAAUUCGUGAUAUGAUUUUAAUAUGUUUACUUUCUGUAUGUUUUGCACGGUAAAAAAUCUCAAGAAAAUUGAAUAGACAAUUGAACAAAAUUCUUAGGAAUACAAUUUAAUCAUAGAAUAAUUUGAAAUUUAUAA